GGUGAUUGUAAAAACCACAAAAUCCUUUUGUUGAAGUUUCUGCGUACAUCUGUAAAUAUCACUUGUUUAAAGAACAUUUUGUUUUAUUUUUGGAUAUUUGUCUGUGUUGCAACUUCCAGUGCUGAAAGGAAUCCGCACACUUUCAUCGUUAAGCUAAUUUUCUGUUUGUAAAGUUUUUUUCCCACUUUUUCUUCUGAAGUUUUUGGAUAAUUUAUUUUUCUAGAUAAAAUCCGUACAGUGCCAGAAUCUGCUAAAUCCUGUCUUGGAAAAAUACAUUUUUUUUUUUCUUUCUGCUAUUUUGUAUCUUAUUACAGUCACUCGCUAUACAUUUCUACAUACAGCAAUUCACUGCUCUCUUCGUUGCUUAAUAUAUCCAAGAUGUCUCGGGUGGCAAAGUAUAGACGCCAGGUGAGCGAAGACCCGGACAUUGAUAACCUUUUGUCCACCUUGUCUCCUGAGGAGAUGGAACAACUGGAGAAAGAGUUGGAUGCAGGGGACCCAGAUGCUGGUGUAUCAGCAGGAUUCAACAAAGGCCAGACUGAGAGAGCAUCCUCACAGAGAGAAGAGAGCAAGAGGCUCGCUCAAAAACAGGCAUCAAUUGAUGCUGCAAAAGCUCAAGAGAAGUUAAAGGAGAAACAAAAAAGUGAAGAAAAGAGCACCGAACCUCUCCAACAGAAUAACCGUAGUAACAAAGUGUCUAAAGAUGUAAAGGAAUCAAAAUCAUUGGGAAGUGUUAAUAAAAAAGAGGAGGAAAAAAAAAAGGAUAUUCAGGUUCCCCAAGUUACCAAGACAAAGGAGAAACAGGGAGAAGAUAGGACCAGCAAGAGUAUGGUUAAGGAAAAGAUAGAAAGAACUGAGUCUAAAAAAACAGUUGGAGAAGUAAGUACAAAACAAGCAGAAAAUGAGAAAGAAAGCACUAAAGAGGUCAAAGAAAAGGCAAAUGCAAAAGAAACGCCAGAAAAGAAAGAGGUGAAAAAUGAAAAACAGCCAGAAAAAAAGCCUAUAUCCAAUAAAAAGUCUGAGACAGAAGUAAAAAAAGAAAUACCACCAUCUAAAAAGAAUACAUCAGUGGAGGAGGGAAAAAAGAUGUUGCCAAAAACUGUUGAGCCAGAGUCUGGAGCUCCAGAAAAUGGAACUCAGAAUCAGGCAGAAGGUGGCAAAGAUGAUGAGUCAUCCAGUAUGUUUGAUGAACUCUUGGAGAAAGUGAAAAACAAUGAUAGUGAAAUAAUAGAACUCAACCUUAACAACUCAGACUGCAUCACAAUAGAAACUCUAAUGAGUUUUACUGAGGCACUUGAAUUCAAUACAGUAGUCAAGAUUUUCUCUUUGGCCAACACUCGUGCAGAUGACCACAUCGCUUUGGUCAUUGCUGCAAUGCUGAAAUCGAACAAAACUAUCACCAGUAUCAACCUGGAUUCCAACCAUGUCACAGGAAAGGGAAUCUUGGCUAUCUUCAGAGCUCUUCAGCACAACAAUACACUGACUGAGUUACGCUUCCACAACCAGCGCCAUAUCUGUGGAGGCAAAACGGAGAUGGAGAUAGCUAAAAUGCUUAAAGAGAACACCACUUUACUAAAACUUGGCUACCACUUUGAAUUAGCAGGGCCACGCAUGACAGUAACAAACUUGCUCAGCCGUAACAUGGACAAACAACGGCAGCGCAGGUUAGCAGAGCAGAAAUUGUUACAAGGUUCAGACAACAAUAAAAAAGACACCUUGGAAGUUCCCAAGAUUGUUCCUCCUAAGAAAGUUACUCCCAAGUCAUCACCUCUGCCAUCUCCUAAAAUCUCACAGAGAAAUACUUUAAAAAAAGGAGAUGUUCCUGCCCCUCCUCCACCUCCUCCACCAUUUGCCCCUCUUGCACCACCCCUUAUUAAUGAAAACAUCAGGAAUUCCCUCUCUCCUGCAUCACAAAGGAGAAUAGUGGAAAAGACAGGACCUUCAGAAAAGAACAGCAGGGAUCAACUCCUGGAAUCCAUCAGAACUAGUAACAUCAAAAAACUGAAAAAGGUAGAGGUACCUAAGUGGCUGAAGUAAAUUGUCUUUCAGGAGGUCUCUUCAGUUCUGACUCAGCAAGUAAUUGACAUCAUAAAUAAUCCACUUGGGUCCAUUUAUCCACACCAUGCAAUAUUUAUUUAACAGCGAUUCUUGCAGUUAUUGUGUUAGCAUUUAAUCAUGUAGCUUCACUCCAACUGCUGCCCUAAUUAGGCAAUAUUUCCCAAAUUAGCUGUGUUUUAUAACGUGACUGGUAUUCAACUGUUUACACAUCAUGCCAUGUCGGCCCAAAUGUUUUAUGACAGUGAUAAUUGAUUGUGAUGCAUAAGAUGAUGUAUUUUGCUGGAUAGCAGACAAUAAAACAAACUUGUCUUUCGCUUAUUGAGAAUUUAAAGGGAUUACGGCUUCUUGACUCAUGGGAAAUGAACAUGGGAAAUGACGGGGGUCAAGCAGGGAAUAUAGGUUCCAUUUUCUGUGAAUUUAUAUUCCAGGUAAUCCAUUAUUCUUCAGAGACAAAAAAAUAUCUACAAAUUAUAUCUUAUCUGAAUAGCGUGGGACACAAGACAGCAUAAUUCUGUUUUUCAAUUUAAAAAAUUCUAAGCCAUUUAAGAGUGCAAUAUGUAAGAAAAUUUUUUAUUGUAUAAAGCGCAUUGCUUGGUUAAACUCGCUCAUCACUAAACUUAUGUUUAGGUUCAUUGAGGUACAUACUUGUAUCACUGUUUUUAAAUGGAAAAAAAAAGAAAGCUAUAUUUGCACACACAUGUGUAUAUAUAUAUCUAUAUAUGUAGGACUCAAAAUUACACUCGUCACUAGCCUUUGGCAAGUGAAAAUGUAGCCCUUGCGAGUUUACCAUAAACUCCAGUGGUGAGUAACUUUUAAGGUUUGGCUAGUAGCUUUGGACUUGAACUUUUAAGCAAUAUAUAUGUACAUAUUUUUAUACAUGCAUGUGGCUACCUUAGACUUCUUAGAGGAGCAACUUUCAAAAGUUUGUUUUAAAAUAUGUUUAAGUGCAAUAAAGAAAGUAUUACAUAUACUGCAAUAUUGUAUUAUUUAAAACCUGCAUCACUGGAAUAAUAAUAGUUACAGGCACUUAUAUUCCAUUUGGUUAUCAAAAAUUGGCUGUUAACUUUUCAGCAGUUCAC